AUGAAGACGGACUUUAAGUUCUCCAACCUGUUGGGGACGGUCUACCGUCAGGGUAACCUGCUCUUCACUCCCGAUGGUACUUGCUUGCUCUCGCCAGUAGGCAAUCGAGUCACUGUCUUCGAUCUUGUGCAAAAUACCUCUUAUACCCUUCCCUUCGCCCACCGCACGAACAUUGAUCGUCUCGAUCUAUCUCCCAGAGGCAACCUACUUCUGACUGUCGAUGAAACUGGCCGUGCGAUCUUGACCAACUUUCACCGUCGCAUUGCUAUUCACCACUUUUCCUUCAAGUCGCGCGUCUCCGCUCUCAAGUUUUCCCCAUCCGGCCGUCAUUUCGCAGUGGGUGUAGGAAGACGCCUGCAAAUCUGGCAGACCCCCUCGACUCCCGGGACCGAGACCAAUGGCGAGAUCGAAUUCGCCCCGUUUGUUCUACACCGUGACUCUGCCGCCCACUUUGACACUGUUCAAAGCAUUGAGUGGUCCAGUGAUUCGCGCUUCUUGCUCUCGGCGUCCCGCGAUCUGACAGCGCGAGUAUGGAGUUUGGACAAGGAGGAUGGAUUUGAACCCACCACUUUGGCUGGUCACCGUCAAGGUGUCGUGACUGCGUGCUUCGACGCAGCGCAAGAAUCGAUCUAUACAGUCAGCCAAGACGGUGCCCUGUUCCGCUGGGCAUACACGGAAAAGCAGGACCCUGAAACUGAUGAGGUUAUCGGUGAACCCCAAUGGAGAAUUGCCAAAAAGGAUUUCUUCAUGCAAAACGACGCCAAAGUCAACUGCGCCGCCUUCCACGCUCCGUCUAGCCUGCUUGUGGUCGGCUUUUCCAACGGUCUCUUCGGACUUUACGAUCUUCCCGAAUUCAACAUGAUCCAUCAACUCAGUGUCUCUCAGAGCAACAUUGAUGUCGUUACUAUCAACAAAUCCGGCGAGUGGCUUGCAUUUGGAUCUUCCAAGCAUGGACAACUCUUGGUGUGGGAGUGGCAAUCAGAGUCAUACAUCUUGAAGCAGCAGGGUCAUCUGGAUUCUAUGAACUCCCUGGUCUAUUCGCCUGAUGGGCAGAAGAUUGUUACCACUGCCGAUGAUGGCAAGGUUAAGGUUUGGGAUGUUAAAUCGGGCUUCUGCAUUGUGACUUUCACUGAACACACCAGCGGCGUUUCCGCUUGUCAGUUCGCCAAGAAGGGAAGUGUCCUUUUCACUGCCCCCUUCGCGCAUGUCAUUCUCCUCCUCGCGGUGGAUCCUAGCGGUGAGGUGGUCUGUGCCGGCUCGCCGGACUCUUUUGAUAUCCACGUGUGGUCCGUGCAGACUGGUCAACUGUUGGAUCAACUUUCUGGCCACGAGGGCCCUGUUUCCAGCUUGGCAUUCGCUGGUGACGGUAACCAUCUUGUCAGUGGUAGCUGGGAUCGCACUGUUCGCAUCUGGAGCGUCUUCGGCCGUGCGCAGACUAGCGAACCUCUCCAGCUCGUGUCAGAUGUCUUGAGCGUCUCUUUCCGACCCGACGGAAAACAAGUUGCCGCAUCUACACUGGACGGACAACUUUCUUUCUGGAAUGUCACCGAUGCUGUUCAAGAGGGUAACGUGGAUGGUCGUCGCGAUGUUUCUGGCGGCCGUAAGGUGUCUGACCGUACCACCGCCGCCAAUGCUGCUGGAACCAAGUCUUUCAACCGCAUCACCUACAGCGCAGAUGGCAGCUGUAUUCUCGCUGCUGGAAACAGCAAGUAUAUUUGCUUGUAUGACGUGAAUACUGGAUCCAUGAUCAAGAAGUUCACGGUUUCGGUGAAUCUGUCACUGGACGGCACCCAAGAGUUCCUGAACAGCCGCAACCUCACUGAGGCUGGACCUCGUGGGCUUAUUGACGAAACUGGCGAGGCCUCCGAUAAAGAGGACCGUAUUGAUCGUACGCUCCCUGGCGCCAAGCGUGGCGAUGCCGGAGCUCGUACUACUCGUCCCGAAGUCCGGGUCACCUGUGUUGACUUCGCACCCACAGGCCGCGCAUUCUGCGCUGCCUCGACUGAGGGUCUUCUUGUCUACAGUCUCGAUACAGACUUUGUCUUUGAUCCUGUCGAUCUGGAUAUUACCAUCACCCCGUCAACCAUUCUCGCUACGCUGGAUGCUGCCAAGGCUGCUGCGGAAGCCAACACCGUUGAUGACGACAACACCUUCCUGAAAGCCCUUAUCAUGGCUUUCAGAUUGAACGAGUCUAAGCUCAUCCUCUAUCUGCCUCGCCUCCUCCGUUUUGUCGCACAUGCUGCUGAAGAAACCCCCCAUCUUGAAUUCAACCUGUUGUGGUUCGAGUCUCUCUUCAACUGCCACGGUAGAUAUUUCAAAGAAAACUCAGGAACAUUUGCCCCUGAGCUGCGUAUUGUACAACGCGCAAUUGACGACAUUCGGGAAAAUCUCAAGCGACUGACGGAGAAGAACCUCUAUGAUCUGAACUAUCUACUAUCCAAGCCCGUCCUUGCGGAUAAGAAGUCCGCCAGUGCCUUAUUGCCCAUCGCCGACGAUGAUGUCGAGGGUGGUGAUGAUCAAAUGGAGGAUGCUGAUGGCUCGGAUGGCGAUUGGAUUGGUCUUGAAUGA